AUGGUGGAUGCCGCUGACGACGAGCCUGCGCCUGCAGUCUUCGGCACACUUGUACAACAGCAGCAGCAGGAGCACCAGCAGCAACAGCAACAGCAGCAGCCUGCCAAUACCGGCAGCAUAGACCUCGGCCCCGGCGCGCCGCGCCUGCGCAUCCCCGCGCGCUACGACGACCUUGCAAAAUCCGGGCUGGUGCCGAGGCUUGAGGAUGUUUUCGUGGAUGAGGCACUGCUCAAGGCAGGCCUGUCGGCGCCCGCGCUGCAGCAGCUGCUGGAGGGGGCGCGGCGCCGCGCCGCCGCGCGUGCGGCGUUCCGCGCGGCGCCGAAGCGGCUGCUGCGGGUGGCGAGGCAGCCGGGGCUGCCGGCGCCGCGGUUCAAGGCAAAGCAGCAGCAGCAGCAGGAGCAGCAGCAGCAGCAGCAGCAAGGAGGUGCGGCGGACGAGAAGGACGAUGCAGCAGCAGGGCCAGCGGCAGUAGAUGAGUUUGGCAGCGCCGCUGACGGCAAGCGGUGGGUGGUCGAGCUUGAGCCCGUCACAGAUCUGCCGCCCGUGCUGGGCGCACCCCUGCCCGCGCAGCGCACGAGCCACGACAGCCUGCUCAUAUCACUGCCGGUCGCCGGCGCGAAGCGGAGCCGCCCGCUGUUUGGCGCCACGGCCGCGACCGCAGCCGCGGGCGCGGGCGCGGCGGGGCCGGGCACAGCCGGCGCCGCGGCGCGAGAGGCGAAGCGGCAGCACACGAUGGACGGCUCGCCUUCAGGGGCGGCGGCGCUGUUCGGCGGCGGCGACCAAGGCGGCGAGGAUGCCUUUGGCGCGGCGUUCGGGCGCCCGCCGCUGCCGCCCAACGCUGCUGACAAGGCGCGCCGCCGCGCGGCGUACGAGCGCGCCGCGCUGGAGAAGGCCGCGGCCGGGGACCCCCAGCUGCGCGCGACACUGGAGGAUGCAGCUCUGCGGCGGGAGUGGGGCGCAAUGGCGCGGAGAGAGGUGCCGCGCGCCGCGCGCAACAUGGCGAUGCGGCGCGCCGGGCAGAUGGGCGGCGGGAGGAUGCUGGCGGCGGAGGCCCUGAGGGUCCUGCAGAACCGGGCCCAGCG